AGCUGUCCAGAAAUGCACAGUAAUCCCCGUCUAAGUAUGCGGUGCUAUAAGUUCUGAACGGGCUUAUUCUCUCUCUUGCUGAUAGGACGUGUACGUGGAAGACGCCGAUGCUCCAAUCUCGUGCAACGGCAGUGCAUCUAGGCAGCUGGAGAACGCAUCUGCUCUGACCGUCGCUGGAGCCUACAGCGCACCGUACAGGGGCGACUCCGUACCGAGGCCCCAGUUCCGGCCCGUGUUCUGCGUCUUCGACGCGGAGUUUUUCCAUCCGAAGAGGCCCUACACUCCCCUCCAGAUUCCCACGCCUCUGUGUUCGGCGGUGAUCUUCUACAGCCUGUCCCUGAGUCGAUUCGGCGCGGGCUCGGAUGGCGUCGGCGGCGGCUUUCGAAGACCGCUGGACGCCGAGCUCUUCGAGAACGUGUCGGCCUCGAGGCUGGACGGCCGGCUGCGACACAGGGGCAGGCGAUGUCCCCUCUACGCCACUUUCGGUGGCCGCCGAAGCGACAGCGCCGAAUUCGUGCGCAUGCUCCGGGAUCCCGCGUGGCGAAAGGCGACUGUCGCAGGAAUCGUCAACGACACCAGCUCGUCGGAGAGAGCCAAAUAUGACGGCGUCAACCUGGACUGGAACCGCCCGGGCGACGAGUGCGACGUGCUCAGGCAGCCGCAGCUGUUCCACGUGCUCGUCGAGAGCCUCGGCGCCAGUCGCGUCAGGGUGAUGCUCACGGUGCCUCCGCUGCCGCGCUACCUCGGCGCCUACGACCUCGAGCCGGUGCUGGACAGCGUGGAGCACGUGGUCGUGGCGACGCACAAGCUGCGGCCGCGGUCGUCGGUGGACUGCAGCGGCGCCAGGCUGUACGCUGCUCCCCGGUUCCGCGAGAUACGCGACGCUUACAGCGCCGCCUACCGCAAGAAGUUCGCCUACAGCGUGUCGGCAGGGGGCGACACCUUCGUCACGAGAACCGUGGCGCUCGGUGCGGCGGCGCACGCGGCCCCUCCUCCCACUUCGGGCCUUGUUCUGCGGCCCAACAAGACGAGCUUCGAGAGCGUGUGCAACGUCAAGCCGGUGAUUGUGAACCCCGCCGACAAAGAGUGCGUCAUAGCGAUCAUGCAGAUCGAGAAGUCGCUAGACGCCAGCAUACUGUACUACGUGGCUGCGUACGCGGGGCCGAAGCAACUCCAGGAACGGAUGCACCGCGCCUACGACGACGACAUGGGCGACGCUCCCGUAGCGGUGUUCGACGCCUUCCUGGACGACUUCGCGGGCCUCUGUCCCGGGGACAGCCCGCGCAUGUCGCCGCAGCUGGCUGCCAUCUCGGAGAGCACGAGUCGAGAACUGCAAUGAGCUGAUUGCGUAGCUCAGUCGCUUUCCUAUAUAUACCUACGCUGUUCAAUCGAGCCGUUAGAUACUCUGCGUAAUCUACUUAUAUAUAUAAAAAAAUCAAUCAUUCAUUUAGAACACAUUUUCGCGUGUGCAGUUAUGUACUUUAUGUGGUUUGUUUGGUAUAGUUGUCAGCCUAUGUACCGCACUUAAUCAAGUUACCCCCUUUACACUAUGCUCCGCUUAGGAGCCUGUAAGCGACUGUGAAUAAGUAUAAAUAAAAAAAAAGAUUCUAAGCCCGA